GUAAUGUAAGGUGCAGAGGUACUUGGGAGCCUGUGGAGCCACACAGGACCAGGAGGCCUCCAGACCCUAUGGCAGUCAGCCCCUUGGAGCAGCGGCUGGGCAGCCUCACCAUCUUCACCCGAGAUGAGUUUGAGGAUGAAUGGCACCGAGUAGCCAGUGGUGGCUUCAGCCAGGUGUUCCAAGCAAGGCACAAGCUCUGGAGGACCCAGUAUGCCAUCAAGUGCUCCUCGUGCCUCCAGAAGGAAACCACCAGCUCUGAGAUGAGUUGUCUCUUUGAAGAAGCCAUCAAAAUGGAAAAGAUUAAGUUUCAACACAUUGUGUCCAUCUAUGGGGUAUGCAAGCAGCCCCUGGGCAUUGUGAUGGAGUUCAUGGCCAAUGGUUCCCUGGAGAAGACAUUACCUACCCACAGCCUCAGCUGGCCACUCAAGUUCCGCAUCAUCCAUGAAACCAGCUUGGCCAUGAACUUCCUCCACAGCAUUAAGCCACCCCUGCUCCACCUAGACCUCAAACCAGGCAACAUCCUGCUGGACAACAAUAUGCAUGUCAAGAUUUCAGACUUUGGCCUGUCUAAGUGGAUGGAGCAGUCAACCCACAUGCAGCAUAUUGAGAGAUCGGCUCUGCGGGGCACACUCAGCUACAUCCCCCCUGAAAUGUUCCUGGAGAACAACAAGGCUCCAGGGCCUGAAUAUGAUAUGUACAGCUUUGGGAUUGUCAUCUGGGAGAUUCUCACUCAGAAGAAACCAUAUGCAGGACUCAAUACAAUGACCAUCAUCAUCCGGGUAGCUGCAGGCAUGAGGCCCUCCUUGCAGCCUGUCUCUACUGAAUGGCCAGGGGAGGCCCACCAGAUGAUGGACCUGAUGAAGCGCUGCUGGGACCAAGACCCUAAGAAGAGGCCAUGCUUUAUAAAUGUGACCAUUGAAACAGACAUGCUGCUGUCUCUGCUCCAGAGCCCUAUGGCAGACCCUGAGUGUGAAGCUCUGGUCCGGAAGGUGUCUUGUAAGCCAUCACUGAGCCAGCCCCACAAGGUCAGCGAUGAAGUCAACCAGGAGCUUUCACACAGUGGCUCAGGUGACUCCUUGAAGUGGAUCCUACAGCUCUCUGACAGCAAGAGCUUGGUCCCAAGUGACGAAGAACUACAUGUCUAUGAGAACAAAGUGACUCCCCUCCACUUCCUAGUGGCCCAGGGCAGCUUGGAACAAGUGAGACUUCUGCUGUCUCAUGAGGUUGAUGUGGACUGCCAGACAGCCUCCGGCUAUACACCACUCCUCAUCGCCACCCAGGACCAGCAGCCUGACCUCUGUGCCCUGCUCCUGGCACAUGGUGCUGAUGCCAACCUGGCAGAUGAGGAUGGCUGGGCCCCAUUGCAUUUUGCAGCCCAGAAUGGGGAUGACCACAUUGCCCGUCUGCUCCUGGACCAUGGGGCCCUAGUGGAUGCCCAGGAGCACGAGGGCUGGACCCCACUCCACCUAGCUGCACAGAAUAACUUUGAGAAUGUGGCGCGGCUUCUGGUCUCUCGACAGGCUGACCUCAACCCUCGGGAGACUGAGGGCAAGACGCCCCUCCAUGUGGCUGCAUACUUUGGCCACAUUGGUCUAGUCAAGUUGCUGACAGGACAUGGGGCUGAGCUAAAUGCUCAGCAGAGAAACCUGAGGACACCCCUGCACCUGGCAGUGGAGAGGGGGAAAGUGAGAGCCAUCCAACACCUGCUAAAGAGUGGGGCAUCCCCUGAUGCCCUUGACUAUGGUGGCUAUAGCCCACUGCACAUUGCUGUAGCCAGGGGCAAGCAACUUAUCUUCAAGAUGCUUCUCAGAUAUGGGGCCAGCCUUGAGCUACCCACACAACAGGGAUGGACACCCCUACACCUAGCAACUUACAAGGGCCACGUGGAGAUCAUCCAUCUGCUGGCCAAGAGCCAUGCAGACCUGGAUGCUCUUGGAAGUAUGCAUUGGACUCCCCUGCACCUGGCUGCCUUCCAUGGAGAGGAGGUGGCGGUGUUGGCACUGCUACAGGGUGGGGCCAACCCCAAUGCUGCUGAACAAUCAGGCUGGACUCCUCUCCACUUGGCAGUGCAGAAAGGCACCUUCCUGGGUAUCAUCCACCUUCUAGAGCAUGGUGCUGACGUCCAUGCUUGCAACAAGGUGGGCUGGACACCUGCCCACCUGGCUGCUCUCAAGGGCAACACAGCCAUCCUCAAAGUGCUGGUCAAGGCUGGUGCCCAACUGAACAUCAAAGAUGGAGUUGGCUGCACACCUCUGCAGCUGGCCCUCCGCAACCAAAAACAGGGGAUAGUGACCUUCCUGGAGGGCAAGGAGCCUUCACUAGCCAUUCUGGGAGUUUCUGAACCUGGAUCCCAGACAGAAGUUUAG